UCGUCCUACUCCUAUAAUCGAGCCCAAAACCCCACAGGCUAGCAGGUCGAUCGAAAGGUACUUCCUUUCAGCUUCCAAGCAUACGAAAUAUACGGAACAGUUAACUGCUGAACGGUUUCCUGUCUUCCGGACAUCACUUCCCCUCCCCGGCCGUCUUCCUUCCUUGCUCCUUUCUUGUUGAUCUUCAAUCUGCAGUUCGGAACCCGUUCCCGGAGAUGGGACUGGUGAAGGAGGGGAGCCUGAAGCCGAACCACCACAACGCCGUGUGGUUCCUGCUGGGGGCAGCUCUGCCCACGAUCCUCUUGUUCUUCCUGGCGUCCGAUCGGGUGGGAGAUCGGCUGCCCGGCGUCUCCAUCUGGGGGAAAAGCAGCAACGGGUCUCUGCCGCUGCCUCCGGAGGCCGCUCACCAUGCGCAAGAACAACAAGAACAAGAACAAGAGGACAAAUUCCCAGGCCUAGCCCAACUGUUGCCGAGGGUGGCAAUGGAGGACAGGACAGUGAUCAUCACAUCAGUGAAUGAGGCGUGGGCGCGACCCGGCUCCCUGUUGGACAUCUACCGUGAGAGCUUCAAGAACGGCGAGGAUACGGAGCACCUUCUCAACCAUGUACUCAUCGUGGCCCUUGACCCUACCGGCUUUGGCCGCUGCAAUGUCGUGCACCCCUACUGCUACCUCCUCGAGGUGAAGACCGCAAACCUCACCUCAGCUACCCGCUUCAUGUCCAAAGAGUACCUCGAGCUCGUCUGGAGCAAGCUCUCUUUCCAGCAGCGUGUCCUUGAGCUCGGCUACAACUUCCUCUACACCGAUACUGAUAUGAUAAUGAUGCGGAAUCCAUUACGACACAUCCCGGUGUACGCGGACAUGAGCGUCUCCACCGACAACUUCUUAGACGCACGCGUUCCGUUGACCAACCCGCUCAAUACGGGGCUCUACUACAUGAAGGCGACAAACCGGAGCAUCUCGAUGCUCCGGUACUGGCAGGAGGCAAGGCCAAGGUUCCCACGCCUGAACGACCAGCCCGUGUUCGCGAGGAUCAAGCACGAACUCGUCGAGAAGCUCCAGGUCCGGAUCGAGCCUCUUCGCACAAUCUACUUCGGCGGGUUCUGCCAAUACCAUGACGAUUUUGACAAGAUCAGCAUCAUGCACGCUGAUUGCUGCAUCGGCGUGGACAAUAAGGUGCACGACCUCAUGGACGUGGCCGCUGACUGGAAGAGGUACCGGAGCCUGACACGGAAGAAGAAGAGGAAUAUGAACGUGAAGCUCACAUGGACGGUCCCUGUCCGGUGCAGGAAGUCGAUCCAUCGGCGUAAACCUGUUCGCCGCCAUUGACGUGCAGAGAGACCGCGUCUAAGUGUAACCAAUUUGAUUGUUGACAAUUUGACACGUACGUGCGCUAGUCUGUAGUGUAUGAGCUAUGAGCUUGGGCUACUAGUUUUUGGUCAAUAUUGGAUUUUAUUCAAUAAUCAGAGACCUGUAUUUAGCUAGGCAGUAAAAUAGUCAACUAUAACUAGGAGUACUCCGGAAGGUCAACUGAGUCCUUUUCACUCGAGACAAUCCUACUCUCGUCUCGUUUCAACCACGUGGCGAUGCAAGUCGAGACUGGAAGCUUCUCGCACUAUAUGAUGUCUUUUUCACUCC